AUGGCAGAGAGUCGAACAAAUGGGAGGAAAGGAAGCCAGGAUAGAGAAACAGGAAGUGGAGGAACGCUGCAGGAUCCUCACACCUCGUCUCUUGGCCUUUCUCCAGUCAGUGCCUCCUCCCUCGGGAACAAGAGACAUCUUCCUAGAGGGAUUGUAAUCCAGCUGACCGGGACGGAGGGUGAAUGGGACAGCCUGGAUGAAAGUGAACUCAUCUUCUCCCUUGAUCGUGAUGAGGACUACCCUUCGAUAUCUCUCUCCAAGGAGAGGACGCUUUCUGACGAGGACGGUAGACGGUUGCAGUCCCAAGCCUUCCAUGUCCCUCUUUCCCCUUCGUCGCCUGGAUCUUUGGGAAACUUCUCCACUGCUGGCCCCAGCUUCCUUUCCCCAGGUCCUUCUUCGCCCACCCAUCGACCCCUUGCCAGUCUUGUCAAGUCUCUUUCGACAGAACUGGAACUCAAAGAAGGCUCAACUCUCAGGCCAAAGCCCCUUCUCAGUCUCGUCAAAUCGAUCUCGACUGAAAUCUCCCGCUCCGAACCUGAGGUAUCCCAGUCAAAAUCCGACUCACGCCUCAAUGUCCACUUGUGGAAGCAGCUUACACAACCAAAAAACCGCACCAAUGGGGAUUCCCGCACUGCACCCCCUUCUCCUUGCUCCUUAUCCCCAAGUGGAGAGGGUUCAAAAGGAGGGUUCUUCAAAAUGGAGCUGGAGGACACCAAGAGGAAGCUGUCGGAGGCCGUGCACGAGCCUUUGAGUAGCAUGUUAAGUAAGAUCAGGAGAGAGGAGAGCACUGGAAGUCCCAAACACCAGGGUAAGACGCAGGGUAGCUCUAGAGGACUGGGGCGAGAAAGUAGCACAGACACGGUACUUUCAGAGUCUCCUGUGAGGAAUGCUAAAAAAUCUGAUGCUGAUGUUUUGCCUGUGUUUGACUGGCCUUCUGUUAGAUCUCCUGGGAGAAGAUUUCAUCGCCUGUGCCCCUUGCAUCCCAACAGACUAAGCCGACAAGACGAGGAGCUAGAAAUUUGCACAGAUGGUGACACGAUCCAAGUGUUAGCUUUAGAGACUCACAGGAAGGCAAAAAGACUACCUGAACCACUGAUACAGACUAAUACCCUUCCUCAAACCCCUCAUCCUCUGCCACGGAUGAGUUUAUUCUGUGUAGCAGUGCUGUCCUAUGGAUAUUUCAUCUUACCUCUCAGUCCAUACUUCUCUGGUCUCGCUCUGGGGUUAGCACUUGGCUUUUUGUUGGGAUUGAUGCUCAUCAGGAUGGGUUCCUCAAGGUCCUACUGCUCCGAUCGGUCAUACAGACAAACACAGACUUUCUUGGAUGGAGGGAUUCUGAGAGGAGGGACCCUCAUCACUGAGCCUGACACCAUCAAGGGCUGGAUGAACGAGAUACAUGACUACGACCCAGAAACCUACCACCCAGCCAUGACUCACUCCGUGUUUGCCACCCUGGAGGGCUCCCGUCUCCGUCUGGAUUCCCCGCGUAACAACAUCAGCCGCAGGGCGGCGUACGAUGAAAAAGUCCAAGAGGCCGUCUUCAUCAAGUCGCGAUCCUUUCAGCUGGCACAGAGCCAAGUAUUCCUGCUGCCAUCUGUGCUGGCUCGAAAGAGAGUGUGGAACCCAAAGUACCCCAUCUGCAUCCAACUGACAGGAGGAGUAAACCCCCAGGAGGGUGAGGGGGGAAGGUCAGAGGAGGGUCGCGGAGAGGAGCCUGGAGCCGAGCCUUCAAGUCCACAGCUAAGUUCCUUAAAACUGGACCAUGAACUUCCCACCACUCUAUACCUCUUCGGCCGCACUGGACGAGAGAAAGAGGAGUGGUUUCAUCACUUCCUGUUAGCGUCCAUGGACACAGAGAGGGACAGAAAGAGGCCUGGCAGAUGUGUGUCCAGAUCGGGUGACCCAGCACAGACACAGAGUGUUAGCACAAGCAGCAGAGGUCCCAGCAGGGUGGGCAGCAACGACGAAGACGCCCCCUCCUCACCUCCAGUCUCCUCCAUCCCUCCGGCUCACAUCAGUCAGACCUCCAGUAGCAUCAGGGGCCUUUCACUGCUCGACUACCCCUGCUACAUGGCUCGUCUCUUGGCUAUGGAGGAGCUCACCCCCCUCUCCAGUGCUGGAGUUAGCAGCACUGAGACAAGCCCUACCCUCAAAGGAAAUUGUACUUGUGACCUGUCAGAGUACCCCGGGACGAGCCAGACUGCUUGGGCGAACGCUUUAAUUGGUCGAAUCUUCUGGGACUUCCUGCGCGAGAAGCACUGGGCUGAUGUGGUUUCCCAUAAGAUUCAGAAGAAGCUGAGCAAAAUCAGACUGCCUUACUUUAUGAAUGAGCUGAAGUUGACUGAGCUGGAUAUGGGCUGCUCAAUGCCACAGAUCACGUCUACCUCCAGACCAGAGGUCAACCACAGAGGCCUGUGGGUGGAGCUGCAGAUGGUCUACACCGGCGCUUUGCAGAUGACCCUGCAGACAAAGUUUAACCUGUCCAAGCUGGGGAAAGACGGCGGGCAGGAAGCAGACUGCACGGCUGAGACUGGUAGCCCACGCUGCAGGCCUAUCUUUAGUGUGUUGGCUGACAGCGAUGAGGAGUCCUCCAGCGCUGGUUCAUCUGAUGAGGAGGAGCCUCUUCUCUCUGAACCUCAGGGUCCAAUAGGAGAGAAGGGAUCUGCACCAGCUACUGAUGGCACAGGGGGUGGAAAGACAGGAAGGAAGAUUUUGAGAUUUGUGGACAAAAUCACCAAAUCUAAGUAUUUCCAGAGGGCCACAGAGAAUGAGUUCAUCAAGAAGAAGUUUGAGGAGGUGUCCAACACGCCCCUGCUGCUCACUGUUGAGGUCCAGGAGCUGUCAGGGAGUCUGGUCAUCAACAUCCCACCACCGCCUACUGACAGAAUAUGGUACAGCUUCUGUGUGCCCCCUAAACUAGAUCUUCAUGUGCGUCCUAAACUGGGAGAGAGGGAGGUGACUUUCUGUCAUGUGACUGAAUGGAUUGAAAAGAAACUGCAGGACGAGUUCCAGAAAGUGUUCGUUCUUCCGAACAUGGACGACAUCUACUUACCCCUGAUGCAUGCUGGGAUGGAGAGCCUUCAGGCGUCGCAGCGUGCGUCCUCCCGGUCUCAGCGGUCCCAGAGCUCGUCCACUGAGUCCAUCGAGAGGAUCCCAGCUGAGGUGUGUGGGGCCGAGUCUGACUAGUGCCUCGCUGAUUAAAAACUGUAUUCAUAGUCAGAGAAGU